ACCCUGCCUCAGAAACUGAUCCACACAGGUUUUGUCCUUUCUCACUUUGACUAUUACAAGGCAUCACUCACAUGAUGUUCUGCAACUUGUGUACAAUGCAGAAGCAAGAAUAUUAGCAUGUUAUCAAAAACAAGACCGUAUUAGAGGAGUUCUAGCUCUGGCUGCCUGCUACCCAUAACAUUUAUUAAAGUCAAUAUUAAAGUCACUAGUUUAUAAAUCUUUCACAGCAAAGUGCCUUCAUACUACAGAGAUCUCUGAUAAAAGUGUUCCUUCUCCAUUUUUAGGCUAAAAUAGUAACUGAAAAUCUAAAAAAUAAUAAUAAUAAUUUUAUAUCAUUUUUAGCAUUGAAGUAGUUUUGCAUUAUUUUCAUUAAUUCUGCUGGUACAUUACACAUAUAUUAGUUUCAUUUCAGCUUUAUUUCUUAAUCUAAUAUAACCCAAGCUCAUGAUGGAUCCUGAGGUCAGGUUACUCUCUGUGGGGUUGUGCAUGUUCUUUUUGGGUUUCAUGCCGAUUCUCCAGAUUCUUCCAACCUCUCCCAAACAUUCCAGUAGGUGGAUUAAGAAGAUAAAUUGCCUGUGUGAAUGUGUGUGUGUACAGUAUGUGGUGCACUGGAGACCCAUCCAGGGUGUAUCCUGACCUCACACUGGUGUUCCCGGGUUAGACACCCGAUCCACUGUGACCCUGAUCAGGAUGAAGCACUUACUCAAAGGGAAUGAGUGAAAGUGUUAAUUGUGACAUUUCUUUUUGCUAUUAUUUGCCUAUAUUACUAUUUUUAUGUCUACUGUUUGUUUAUGUUCUUCUAUCUGUUUUUUUUUUUACUUUAUUGUAAUUCAGUACAUGUAAUAUGUAUCAAAUGUGCUAUAUAAAUAAAGUUGUUUAUUAUUAUUAUUAUUAUUAUUAUUAUUAUUAUUAUUAUUAUUAUAUAGAAGGGUGGAGAAGACUAGGCUGUCACUUUUAGGGAAGGAGGGAGGGAGGGAGGAGGAAGUAACAGGAUAUUUAGUUCACAUAAAAUCUUCUUGACAAGAUUAGAGCAUAACGCAGUAAUGUGGAUUGCACCUGCAGGAAAACUUGUGUUUAAUACUCUGCCCAUUCUUCUCAUCUGUCUCAUCCUAGUUACAGAUGUCAAACCAAAAAAACCAACCAUCCAAGCACCAACAACUACGCAGACCACCAUGACAUCACUAUCAUCUUUAUCACAUGCGUCAGUUUCAGAUACCCCUGUGGUCAUCAUUCUCCCAGUUGUUCUGGUUCUCCUGCUCUUUGCCAUUGUUCUCUGUUUGUUACUUAAAUGGAAACAAAAAAAGGAUCGCAGUUCGCCGUCUCACACAGAUCACUUAAAUAACAGAGAGCUUGGACAUACUGCAGAUGACUACGAGGAAAUUGAAGACUACAGAUUUCGAGCAGAUCUACGCACUGUUUUCAACAAUGUUGAGCUACCCAAAGAUCCCUCAUUGUCACCUACUGGGCUUGAACAUUCUCCAGAGGAUUUCGAGGAGAUUAAAGACAUGAAAUAUCAUCCAGAACAAUGUAACGACGUUAACACCAACACUGAAGCACCAGCAGAUCCCUCAGAUCCGCCAGCAGAUCCGACUCAAUGCCACGAGUACGGCACAGUGAACUCCUGGCCGAAUUCACUCUGUUCUGAUCCCGAAAUUGCUUCCAGCUCUGUAAUAGAGGAGAUAUGAGUGAUUUCUUUAACUGUCCUUGCAGAAGAUGUGAAGUGUAAGUUGGUCUUACUAAAAUACACACAUGUGAGUUAGAUUCUUGUGUUUUCCUGUAACUACACUUCAUCUGAGUGUCUUGUAGCAGAAAUGUCUUACUUUUCUAUAGAUUGUAUUAAUGCUUACCUUAAUGAGAUUUGUAUGUGUAUCAAGGGGUUUUUUUUAGUUGUAAGUUACAAUAGGCUUCAUAAUCAUAGAAUAAAAUACUAGUGUGUGCCUACAUAUGAUGUGUUUUGCUUGAAUAGGAGAACUACUUGCUGGUUUUGUUGUGUACAUUCUCUCUCUCUCUCUCUCUCUCUCUCUCUCUCUCUCUCUCUCUCUCUCUCUCUCUCUCUCUCUCUCUCUCUGACAUUCUCCAUGCUUUAUUAAUAAAGGUGGAGAAAUGGGAGGAAUGAAGUGUUUCUCGUGUUUGCAGUGUGGAUGUGUCCUAUAUUUACCUUUACAUUCACAGCAUUUAUCAGAUACUCUUAUCCAGACCGACUGACAGAAGUGCUUUGUAGUCUCUUUUGAAAACGCAUCGUCCUGCUAGUUCACUAGUUCAGGGACUAAGACUACCGUACCAUCAAUCUAAAAACCCUGUUGGAGAGGGUAGUAUAUAUAGUAUGAAAAGAAAACACAAGACAAGGAAACAAUGAAAACAAUAAGAAGCAAAAAUCCAGGGAUGGAGCUGGACCUGAUCCAACUCCUCCUAUAACCCUCACGCUUAACCUAAAAGACAUCGUACAAUGCGUAUAACAAACACGUGUAUCCAGCCUGAAACACACGGAGUCCUGUUCACCCCCUCUGACUCUGCACAGGUACAGUAGGAGGAGCUGGAUCCGGUCUGACUUAAUCCCCUGGACUUUUGGUUCUGAAUCAAGUGGUACUUGGAGUCUGAUUAUAAUAAGUUACUUAUUACUUGACCAAACCGAUCAAGAAAUUUUUUAAAUGUUUUAACUGCGUUACUGUUCAUAACGUUUCUAUGAUGCAGCAUGAGUAGCAGUACUUCAGAAACUGGUUCCUAUCCGCUCUACCAGCACCUACCUGCUGACCACGAUGAUCUACAGUUUGACCAGCUUAGUCUGUGUUUUUGGCAGAUGGUAGCUGGUCAGA